GACUUGCUUCCACGUUCGACGCUGCGGUCGACAUGUUCUCCAGGAUACCCCAGAAGCUCGCGUCACCGUUUGGCCUGCUUCCUGACGAGAAAAAGCUCGGAUUCCGCAGCCAGCCAGGCGGUCUCUCCAAAUUGGCGACAGUGCGGAAUAUACCGGAGAGCGAUACCUACUGGGACCAGUAUAUCAGCCUCUUCGACUCUGCGUCAGAAGUGUUCUCUCUUAUUACACCAAACGACGUCCGACGGGCCCUUCUAGAUGCUCCAGAGAACAUCGCGACCCUCAUUCGUGUGGUCACCUCUCGACUCUUCAACCUCGUCUCGGACCACACCUUCCCCCCCGCUUCCAAUGCGUCUGUCACCGCACUUGCAUCGUCGUUCAUAAACGCCACUGGGUCCGCCGACCGUAACACGACAAAGGAAGUAUUAAAUUGUCUUCGCGUCUUGCAGCGCGUCUUGCCAGUGGUCUUUGAGGUGGAAGGUGAGUCGAGUGUGUUUGAGCUUGAGGUCCUUUGGAAGAGACAGGAAGUUAAGCAGUCCCUGGACGAAGGGACCUCCCAGUUUGUGAUUGAGGACGAGGACGAUAGCGAGGACGAAGCCGAGAGCACACCACCGAGACCGACGAAAACGAUGCCCUCGUUGGGGGAGAAGCUGUUCAGCUGCAUCAUAGAUCUCUUGUUCUGUUGCGGAUUCACACUGCCGACCAAAAUUCAAGUUGACCACCACAAGAUUAACUAUGUCAUUUGGGAAAAGGGUAUUGGAUCGACAGUGGACCUCGGCAUCAACAGCCAAUAUGAUAAUAAUAAGACCGAGGUUCUGCGCCUUCUCCUCGUCCUCCUUUCUAGGCAGAUAUAUGUCCCGCCAUCGUCACUCUUCUCGAAGCCCUCCCUGUACACCCUCCACCUCAUUCAGAAGACACCCCGGCGUGAUGUCCUCACUAUUCUGUGCUCGCUUCUCAAUACAUCUAUGAACUCGGUCAAUACCAGCAUGACUGGGCGGCUACCUUACAACCAUCUCGUGUUCAAGGGUGAAGACCCUAGAUCAACUCUUGUUGGCAUGUGCCUCCAGGUUUUGGUGGCUAUUCUUGACUUUCAGAGUGGCAGUGCGAGAGAUGUCCUCACUGGGACCUCGGAAAACCAGACGUCUGUUCCUACCGCCAAGACCAACUCUUUCCGGUAUUUCCUUAUGAAACUCCAUCGCACGCAGGAUUUCAACUUUAUUUUGGAUGGUAUACUCGGCGUCAUGAAUCAACAGUUGGCUAGCGUAAACAAUUUACUUCCCGGCGCAAGGAAAUCUAUACCUUACGUCGCAGAAAUCGUACUAUUUCUAUGGAAGAUGAUUGAACUCAAUAAAAAAUUCCGCGCGUUUGUUUUGGACAUGGACAGGGCCACGGAUCUCAUGGCCCAUCUUCUGUGCUACAAUUUAGAAAUCAAAGACAAGCCUCAGCAACAUGGACUAUGUAGAACACUUUCGUACAUCAUUCAAACGCUUUCAGCAGAACCCGCACUUGGAAACAGAUUCGCAUCGCCUAUCAGAAUACAACUUCCUGCAAAAUGGAGCGUGCCGGGAACUGCUGCUGAUUUCAUGAUCAACGCAAUUUAUUCUGUGGUGGCAACCACUUCUGGGUCUCUCAAUUCGCUGUAUCCUGCCCUCAUUAUCGCACUGUCGAAUCUGGCGCCCUAUUUCAAAAACCUGAGCGUGACGUCUAGUGCUAGGUUGAUCCAGCUGUUCACGUCCUUCUCGAAUCCCCUCUUUCUUUUGGCCGGUGAAGGUCAUCCUAGACUUCUGUUCUUUAUGUUGGAGGUAUUCAAUUCUGUCAUCCUCCAUCAUUUGGCGGAGAAUCCCAAUCUCAUAUAUAGCAUAAUUUCAUCGCAUAAGACGUUUGAGGACCUGGGAACGUUUACGCUUUCCCAAGGAUUACGAGAAAUCAGGCGUGUCCAGCUGGCAAAGGAGGAGCAGAGCCGUAAGACUACUAUAAAAACUUCUAGAGAAUCUGCGGAAGGGCCUGUUUCGCGUAGUGAAAAGGAACGGCUUCUUUCGCACGAGUCUCAAGACGAGCUGGAGGAAGUCACGGCUUCCCCCGAUCACGAUGCAGAAACAGUGGUUGUCCCACCGAUGUCGCCGACUGCUGAGUCUAUACCAACGGAGAUGGCUGCAGAUCCUGCGUCGUCGGUGUCUGAGAAGGCUCGAGGUAAAAUGAAGGAGAGACGUUCCCUAUCAUCCGAUACUACCAUCAGCCUUGAGCGGGUGGCCGCUUCUGGUACUGGAAGGAACGGCUUUAUACCUACUCAUGAUUGGGUAUCGUCUUGGCAGGAAGGCUUACCCUUAGAUCCGGUAAUGCUGAUUAUAUCUGAGCUCUUACCUAAAGUCCAAGAACUUCAAGCAUCACGGCACAAAGCUAAUUCGACGUCUACGGUCUUGGAAUUCUUAGGGUCAGUAACUCUGAAGGACGUGUUACCUCCUGUUAAUCCCUUAACGCCUCGGAAAUUCCUGUGGUCAGAUGCUUCCAUCGUAUGGCUGACUUCUUUAAUAUGGGGAGAAAUCUACGUUCGAGCCAUGACUCCUUUAGGAGUAUGGAACUCGACGAGUGUCCGUCUGUUCUACGUAAAGCACUCGCAGAUUCAGCAGCGUCAGAUCACUGAAACUGUAUCCAAUGUUGUUGGUGGUCUCUUGGGGCGGACGAACUCGGAUACUGCUAUAGCAUCACGGCAGCGGUGAGGGAAAUCCGAGCAGGUUGGGCUUAUAUAUCUAUGUCUGUUAUGGAGGAUUUCAUAAAUUAUGCGUCAUUGUUUUCUGCUUUCCUCUUGUGCAAAUAACGCUUUCUAUGGGCA